CGGUGCGGAGGCUGCAGCGGAGGCGGCUCCUCCCGGGACGCCCCGUCCCCGAGGGACGCCCGUCCCGCUUCUCGGCCUGAAAUUCCUCUUGCUAGUCUUCCAUUCUGUUAAAUGCUUCGCAAACCAGAGCAAAGGAAGAGACAUGAAGAGUUGAAUUUCACUGCCUUGUUUGGAACUGGGUGGAAAUCCUGGAGAUGGAUCUCUUAGGAGUCUGUCUUCCAAUUGGGUUAGAUGCACAGGAGCAAUGGAUCGCCCCAGCUACCUGGAAGAGGACUAUUCUAGCCUGGAUGGGCUGGACGAUGACGUGUUUCACUCUGAUGACUUUGGACUUGCAGGUCAGCCUGGUGAGAUGACUGCAACUGGCUUUUUCACACAGAACCAGUCCUACAGCUGCCUUCUGGGGAGGUUUCAACUAUUCCCCCUCACACACUGCUGUGGUCCCGGUAUCAGGCAUCCUGAGCAGCAGGACAAGGCAACUCAAACACUCAGCCCAUCCUCUUCCAGUCAGGAUGUUAUGUUGCCUUGUGGAGUCACUGAAGAGCCACGGAGACUCUUCUAUGGGAGUGCUGGUUACCGUUUACAUGUCCCUGCAGCUGGCUUUGUGUUGGACCCGCAGCUCCAGGAGGAGCCUCAGGAAGGUCAGCGGGAAGCACGCGCUGAGGUGCAGAUCGCACGGAAGCUGCAGUGCAUUGCCGACCAGUUCCACCGGCUCCACAUACAGAGGCAUCAGCAGAACAGAAAUCAAGUGUGGUGGCAGCUCUUUCUCUUCCUACACAACUUGGCCUUAAACACGGAGGUGAACAGGAACCACCCUGGGCAGAGGUGAGCUGCGCCCGCCUGUUUGAGGCCACAUCCAGUCUGCAGGGAGCACUGAACAAACACUGGCUCGGGGGCGAGACGCUGCACUCCGCCGGCCGGAUGUGAGGACUCUGACUUUCGCAUACUCGUCUUCAAGUCUGGGUGUUUCCACGGACUCUUCUUUGCUGCUGCCUGCCUCGCGAGGCAGGGAGCUCUUGUCCAACACUGUUGAAGGAAAGCCAGAAUGUGGGUGUGUUUGGUAAAGCUUGCUGCUGGCUCCCCGCACCGGUGACCUCUGUGCAAGGGAGGCAGGUAUUAGACUGACGGCUUCCUCUGCCCUGUGCAGUAGGGGAUGGUAGAGUGCACGAGUGUCAUUUUGGCUGCUAGUUAAAAGUGAUGCCUGGGAUUGAUGACUAAACAUACUUGGGGUAUCUUUUAGAGCAGAGAUGCUCAAUUCCUCCACAUUUUUAGCAGUGAAAAACAUUCAAGUAGCUUGGUUCCAUCGGGUUACUUGUUUUAUUCAUUGGUUACUGUUUAUUUCAUUGUGCCCUGUGUGAGAGAAAAUCACAAAGAAAUCUGACCUUUUCGGCCAUUCCAUUGGGCACCACUUGCAGCGCUCUCACAAGAAAAGCUGUUCUUUGUCAUUGCCGUCAAUUAAAAAAUAAAUAAAUCAGUAGAA